AACGAAAAGCACCCAACAAUGAGUUUGAAACAUUUUCAGGACUUUCCUUAAGCAGAAUGGCUUUAGUAAAAUAAUAAUAUAUAAAAAAUGUAAAUCCUAAGUCACAAUUUUAGAUGGUGGCAAGAAAUUUAAUAGACGUUGAAGAGCUUGAUAAAUUUGUAGCUAUGUCUGAGAAGACACUUGGCGUGGUUAAAUCAAAAUUUGGCAUUAAAGAAGAGUUGUAUUUCUCUUUCACACAUUUGGUUCGUCGAUGCGCAGUGGAAGAGAAAAAAUCCACAGGCCACAUGAGCCAUGAAAUUCACGCAGACAACUGCAUCCCUUUUGCAAAUGGCACAUGCAGCCGAGACCUUCCUGCAUUCAGCUGGAGGGACUUCAGCGCCAUAGUUUACCUUAACGAAGAGUUUGUUGGUGGACAGUUGGUUUUCGUGAGCAAUUUCGAGGCUGACAAAGUUCAGACCGCAAUAGAACCAAAGUGUGGAAGAUUAGUCGCCUUCAGCGCUGGGCCGGAAAAUUUGCACGGAGUGCUCGGCGUCCAAAAAGGAUGUCGUUACGCCCUAGGAUUGUGGUUCACACUGCAGAAGGAGCGAGAAGAGAGUGAGAGAAUUUUGGCUCAAGAGACUGUCAGGCAAAUAAAGGUUUACGGUAAGGUUGAACCAAAACUACUUUUGGAUUUGGAGCAACUAAUUUCAGAUUGAAUAAAUGCAUCAAAUUA